GAUUCGCAGAAAAAGUGAAAAAAUCAUCACGCACUCGGCUUCACGUUCGGUUUUGGCAUUAAUUUACUGUAUUUUCCUUGCUAAAAUACCAUUAAACUUAAGAAAUUUAGUGAAAACUAGUUAAGACUUAGCGAAGUUCGGUGUAGUUUCGAAUUUAAACCAUUUACCGGCGGAAAUAACAGUGAAUCUCUAGUGCACAAAAUGGUCGCCACCAAAAUGGUACCAAACAAGCGUCGAGGUGGAUUCAACGGGAUGCCCGGUCGGCAGCGUUUCAAACCGGGCGGACCAAGGCCGAUGAGUGCCCGGAACAUGGGAGCUAUGUUCAACGCAAACCAACUUGGUGACAAUCCCGGAUUCGUAGAUUUCAAUGACGACGUCCAAAUUCCAUCGGCAUCAACGACUAGCGCAAAUGCUGCGACAAACUCGGUGGCAACUAUCAAUAACGGCACAGGGCCGGCGGGUGGACAUAAAAACACUAUCCGGAAGGGAAAUCCCAACCAGAAGCGCCUAAAUAUGAAAAACGGAGGAAGCAUGCGGCGUAUGCCUCCGGGUAUGGGUGGUCAUUGGGGUCCACCGAUGCCUCCUAUGCCCCCUAUGUUUCCCAUGGGUGGUGGUCGCAGAAACGGUCCACCUCUUCCACCGCCACCGCAUUUCCGCGUACCUCCGAUGGGAAUGCGUGGUAUGCGUGGUGGACCAAUGAUGCCUCCACCACCUCCAAAUGGUCGUUUCGGUGGUCUACCGAUGGGUCCGGGUCCAAUGGGGCUUAUGCCAAGACCAAUGCCGCCUAUGCGAGGCCCGAUGAUGAACCCCAUGGGACGUAUGAUGCCUCCACCGUUGCGAGGUCGCCCGGAUGGUCUUCCGAUGCGCCGCAUUGCGAACGGAAAGCUUCCUUCGGGUGGUAGAGUCGGAAAGGGUCUCAAGGGUGCACCUCGGGGGGGCCUUCCAAACGGGAAGGUAUUGAAACCGCCGAUUGGUAAUAAGAUCAAACCCAAAGUACCUGCCAAGCCGAAGGAGGAAUAUCCACUGGACAAACCGUGGGUAACGGAGGAAAUCAAGGCAGAGCAUGACAAGAAGUGCGAGCUGGCCGAACGGCUGAAGGGCAACAAGGACGACGCGCUGUUUGCCCAGUUCAAAGAACAGCGAGAUAAGUUUGUCAAGAUGUACGACGCGGCGAGGCUGGAGUUCAUCGGAAAGCAUCCGGAACAGGACGUUGAUAAAAUCCUAACCGAAUCAGUGGCAAGCAAAAAUGUCAAAACCGAAAAUCAAAAAUCUAAUGAUGCAGUUUCUACUGAUACCCCUGCCGCUACCGAUACUUCUUCUACUACUACUACUACUACUGCUACUACUACUACUACCGAUACUACCGCUACUGCUGCCGGUGCUGCAAAAUCUUCGGCUUCCUCUGCCUAAAUUAGAAUGCCUAUCAUUGCGCGCAAGCUCUCGAAAUGAAACGCAAAAACUGCAGAACUGCAGCAUGUCACGGGCGGAGGAAGCACGUUCAAUAUAUAGAAUUAAAAUUUACUUGACGGGAGUAUGAAGAAUGGAGCAGCCUAUUCUCUUACAUUAUAAAAGGACGUAACAUUAUGAAAGCGCAGAUUUUUCCUUUGUAAUUCGUUUUGUGUUUUUGUCUACAAUCAGGAUCCGUUUUCAAAGAUUUUAAACUUAGCUAACUGAGCAGUUCGACAUUUUUGGUCGAUUUUUAAUUAUUGUCAAUCAAAGAAGGAACGGAUCGAGAUCAAAUUGUUAUUUAACGAGAGCCAGUAAAUCUAUUAAAAAGCGUAAACAUUUUAACAUUCUCAUUAAAACCAUAACUUGUUUAGUAAAGCAUAGCUGUAAUGUUGAAAAUAGAUAUUUUGUCUACCUAUAAUAAAGGAGUGAAGUUGUGAAGAUUUUCCGCUCGAUAUUGUUUAAUCAAAUUUAGUGACGAAAAAAACCCAAACAAAUGCUCCCGAAUCAAGUUAAAUCAUUUAAUUGCUCCAAUUGAGUUUGUAUCUUACGUCCUAGAGCAUUCGCUUCACUCCACUUAGCACUGUGUCAUGAUGAGAGAACACAACAAAUAAUCAUGUGUAAUUUUAACGAAAAACAAAGGAUUAGUAAUACAAAGCAUAUGUAGUGGUAAAAUCUUUUAAAU